GUCAGUAUAACGCUUUAAAUUGGUUUCAUUUUGACAUUUUGACAGUAAAUAUGAAGGGGUGCAGUUCGCGGUGUUUAAAAUAUAUACAUCUUUUACACAAUUCAUAGUGGUGAAAGACACGAAUCCACACUUCUGUAAGGCUCUUCAUCAGCUGUGUUGUCAUGUCUGACCAGGACAUGGAUGAAAUUAUCAGGCGGGAGCUCGGCCUACUGGACCUUAAGAACAUGGGAGCUGAAGGAGGGGGUUGUAUCAACCAAGGUGUGGUGUACAAGACUGGGCAGGGCACUAAAAUCUACGUUAAAACAAACACUGCUUCUGAGGCUCGCCUGAUGUUCGAUGGAGAAUACGCCAGUCUACAGGCCAUGCAUGCUACAGGUGUUGUCAGAGUCCCUAAACCUAUGAAGGUGAUAGACAAUCCAAAGGGUGGAGCCAUGUUGGCAAUGGAGUAUUUGGACAUCAAACAUCUAUCUCGUCAUGCUGGCAGUUUAGGAGAGGCAAUGGCUAGAUUGCAUCUGUCUAACUCUGAGGCAGAGAGGAGGGUUGUGAAGGUCGAGGGAUAUGUAGGAAGGUCAGAGGAGGGCCAGUAUGUGUCUGGGUUUGGGUUUGAUGUGGUGACCUGUUGUGGAUACCUCCCCCAGGACAACACGUGGGACAAGUCAUGGCAAUCAUUUUACGCCAACAAACUAGAUUUCCAAUUAAAGAAGAUAGAGAAGGAGUACAAUGAUAAAGAAGCUAGAGAACUUUGGUCAAAACUUCAGCUACAGUUACCCAAAUUCUUUGAGGGACUUGUUAUAAAACCAGCUUUAAUGCAUGGAGACCUUUGGGGUGGAAAUGCAGGUGAAUUGGAUGAUUGUCCAGUUGUGUUUGACCCUGCUAGUUUCUAUGGACAUUCAGAAUAUGAUCUUGCCAUUGCUCAGAUGUUUGGUGGAUUCAGUGAGCGUUUUUUCAACUCCUAUUUCAAAUUAUUACCCAAACAGCCGGGUUACUCUGACCGACUAGAGCUCUACAAACUGUUCCACUAUCUGAACCACUGGAAUCACUUUGGGAGUGGUUACAGAGGAUCUAGCAUUUCCAUCAUGAAGAAGCUCGUUAAGUGAUAAAUAAUAAUAAACUAGUAACUUUUGCCUGAUGCAGUAUUCAGAUGAAAAAAGGUAUUCGGUAAUUGGUGAUUUGCAGGACUUUCAUGUAUCGAGUGAACAUCUCAAUGACUCGUGCUAUUGGCGAAAAAAAUAAUCCAAGAAUAUACACAAAAAGUACAGUGCCAGAACGAUCUCUUGAAAAAA